AUGCGCCUGCCCACGCAUUGUAGCGGCCUCUUGAGGACUUUUUCGACUUCAAUCAAUCGGAGGCAAUCUUAUGAGUCCACCAUCGCCAACCUAAACAUUGACAAAAACACCAGAGUCAUCUAUCAAGGCUUUACUGGCAAAGCUGCAACAAUAAACGCCAAAGAUACCUUGGACUAUGGGACGAACAUUGUUGGUGGUGUUUCUCCCGGCAAGGGAGGCCGGGAACACCUCGGCCUUCCCGUUUUUAACACUGUUAGGGAGGCUAUGGAGCAGGUGAAGCCUCAUGCUACAUCAGUUUUUGUUCCUGCACAAUUUGCUGCCAAGGCUAUAAUCGAAGCUAUCGAAGCAGAAGUGCCACUUGUUGUUUCCGUGGCCGAGCAUGUGCCCAUCCAGGAUAUGGUACGCGUUCAUGAAGUGUUGCGGACCCAGUCCAAGACCCGUCUGGUAGGCCCAAAUUGUCCAGGCAUUAUUGCUCCAGAACAGUGCCGGAUCGGCAUCAUGCCUCACAAGCAAUAUCUCAAAGGAUCAAUCGGAAUUGUUUCGAAGAGCGGGACUCUCAGCUAUGAAGCCGUGGGGUCGACUACAAAGUCCGGCCUGGGCCAAAGCCUUGUAGUUGGCAUGGGCGGAGACAUGAUGCCAGGCACAACUCUGCUAGAUGGCUUGAAGCUGUUCUUUGACCACCCAGAAACCGAAGGAAUUAUCGUUAUUGGAGAGAUUGGCGGCGAGGCAGAGUUGAGAGCAGCUGAUGCCAUCCGUGAAUAUAGGAGGACUACACCAAACCCUAAGCCGAUUAUAGCUAUGGUUGCAGGAAAAACGGCUCCAGAGGGACGAACUAUGGGCCAUGCAGGCGCCCUCUUGCGAUCAGGCGAUGUAUCCGCAUCUACAAAGGCAAAGGCUUUGGCAGAUAGCGGUGCAAUUGUUGUCCCGCACCCAGGAGUAAUGGGCGAUGUGAUGAAGAAGCUUCUUAAAUCCCGUCAGUGA